CCUAAUGUGUACUGGUUUUUUAACAUACUCGAUGAUGGGUAAUGAAACAAUCCAAUAUCUUGAAGGUGCCUUUAUGGUCUUUGUGAAGUUUUAUUUUAUUUUUUGCCGGUCCAUUAUGGCAAAGCCUUGGAGAGUGAGCAUUCAUCUCAAUUGUAUGGCACCCUCUUUUUCCACCAUGACGUAAUUGAUCAUUGAAUGCAGAAGUACAAUAUUAUACCUGACCAUCUGUGGUAAAUGAAACUACAAUUAUCUACAUCAUUCGGUGGUAGAAGGCAAGCGUGGUGACCUCUUCUUACUCAGUUUAUUUUUCAUCAGGAUAUAAAAGUUGUGUAAUAUCCGCAAAUCGAAUAUCCUAUCGUCUGAUCAUUUCCAUUGUAGUGAGUUCUAAUCUCUGUUCGAUCAUUAACUUUAAUCAUGAAAAGCGUCCAGUCAAAGAGGAAAUGACUGCUGUAUAUAUUAUCUUUGUUUCAAAUAACACUGAAAAAUAAUCAUUGUCGUCACGGUCAUCACAUGGAGACGGACACGUAGUUGGAUCAAUGAGACCUACUUAAUAUUCCUCUCCUUAUAAUCUUCUCUACAUAGCUGUCAGUCAGUUUGUUAAGAGUUUAGUUUUAAACAAAUCCCACUUUUAAUCGACAUGAUGAAAGCAACUUCGGUUUUCACAGGUGUUUUGUUUCUUUUGGGAAGCUGUUACAGCAUAAAUUCACUUUCUCUGGACAUCGGUGAUGUAGAAUUUCAACAAGUUACCGUUAAUGCUGGCGAAAGUGCGACUUUGGAAUGCCAAGCAGGAACCGCCAACAACGAUGACGUUUACUGGUUAUCCGUACGAUAUCGCCGUUUCAUUAGCAAAAAUGAUAUACUCUUCGACUAUGGAACCGAUUGGGAUAACUUUGGAAUAAGCGUUGAUACGGUUGAUAGUUUGAAUCGCAUCUAUUACCUUGAUGUGUAUAUGGCGAGUGAGGACGUGAGCGGUAUUUACAUGUGUUACAGCUCUAUAGGUUUGGACAAGCUAGUACUAUGGGCAGGAGAGGUGAUCGUCAUUCCUGGAAAUGAUUUUCCGAGUUCACUUGAUACCUCAGUCUUUGACCCAUCCAAAAUACCGAAUCCUUCACAUUCUUUACAAUGUUCUGCGACUUAUAUUCCGCCGAUGAUGAAUCUGAUUAAUGUAAACGAAGAGGAGAUGGAGGUUAGGUGUAGCUGGUCUGCUCAAGAUCAUCCUGACGCCCGGCCAAUGUUGUUCUGCAAUGGCAAGGAACUCCUGAGCAAGUACUUUGUUGGUGAGAUAGUGACGGCAAGGGUGAUGCUUAACAAUAUCGAAGAAUGCUUUAACUUCACAUGUGCCUUGAAAGGGAUGAUAGGCGAGAGCCCUUUUGAAGAGACCUGCUCUUAUAUGCAAAAUGAACGAUCGGGGUUAUUGGCUCAAGUUCGUCGCCAAGGUGUCCGGAUUGAUCCAUUGUACAGUGUUAUCCAGCAGGGAAUGGAUGCCAUGUUUGUCUGCAUCUCAAGUUCGGAAGCACCCAACGGAACGUUUCAUUGGAACGUGUCUUCAAGAUUGUAUGAUCCAGGAGACCUAAUCAGUAACAUGGAGGUAACGCAGUCCAACAAAGCAAGCAUGUUGAUGAUAAAAGACAUUCAGAUACUUACAGACGAACCCCUGAUUGUCAGCUGUCAACUGAUAAGCGAGGACCAAACUGAGAGCAUCUUGAUUUCGGAAGCACUGUUAACAAUCAUGUCUCAAUUAUCUGACUAUUCUCACAAAAGAUCUACCAAUAUUUUUGAUGAAACAUUUGGUAUGACUAUAGUCUUACCUUUGAUUGUUUCGGUAUCAGUUUUGUUUGUUAUUGCUGUAUGCUUUCUCAUUUUCAUUUGCAAGACGAGAAAGCGUAAUAACGAAGCUGUGACUCCCAAAGAAGGAGCCAACAAUAACGAAAAUCGGAAAAUGCCCGUGUAUGUGUCAAUGAAAAACAUUAUGAGCCGUAACAUCACGAAGAGACCCAAGCAUCCCAGCCCUGCAGAAAAAGGAGCAAGUGGUCCGGAUAUUCAAGUAAGAAAAUCCCCGGCUCUCGUUCCACGGGUCAACCAUCCUGCGCAAGGAAAGACCCGUUCCAACAUAAAAGAAAGUCAAUCCACGGACUCGCUCGGGGUGAAACUUCCCAUUUGUAUAUCGGAUGACGGUGACUAUCUAUUACCUGACGGGGCGCAAGGCGUUGAUGAUGACAGCCAAAUCGUUCUCCGUGCCAAAAAUUCAAGACACCCCAGAGCACACUAUCCACCAACAGAAGUUCUGGUAGGAAGCAAGAAAAUGAUGUCCGCAAGAUCAUGGCAAGAGGAUCAGGUGGACAAAAGUGGUUACCUCGUUCCCAGCAUGGUAGUGGAUGAUGAUAUAGGAGUGUAUGUGUAUGCCACCAGUGAUGUAAUGGGUGGAAACCUGAAACCCCCUCGGCGAAAGACAUCGAGUUGCCAUGAACUGUCAAAUUAUUCGUAUGCGAGUUACUAGAACUUUCAUGUUCUAAUUGACAUCACUAUACGCACACCCUGUAAAGAGAACUAAUAAACAUGUUGACUCGUUAAACGCGUUCAGUCAACAAACAUUGAUCCACGCAUAACACUUAAAGAUUACUUGAAAACAUGUGAAUAUAAUCAUCUCUGUCUCUGUGUUUUGAUUUUCAUUCACACAUGAAUAAAUAAAUCAGUGUUUACAUACUUUCUGCUGUCAUGAUGAUCGGAUGGACCUUUAUUUUAUAAGUGUGUCUUGAAGUGUGAGUGAAGUGCAAAUCUCCGAGGGCAGCGAGGUACUUCUCCAAGAUUUUUUGGUUUUUAAUACUUAACUUAUUUGUUGGCUUUGUAUUGUCCUCCUGGUUCAAGUUGGAAAUAGGUGAAAGACGGCGAUGUUAUUGUUGUACUCAUUUUGCACAGACGAAAGAAUUCCUGCAGCAAUAUUAUAAAAAAGGAAUCGCAUAUGGUAACUUUAUUCAUAACUGAAGUGAUUAUUAACCCCGGAAUACAAACAGAUAUAAAUAAAUAGAGUAAAAUCAAAUUAAUCACAGAUUGAAACUGGACGCAUGACAUUUUGUAAUUACAAAUGUCAAAGAACGAUCUUAUGCAAUCAUUAAGCUUAAUACUGUCUGUUAUUUUCUGUGAUGUCUUUUAAAAGACAAUUCACUUCAUCAAGAAUUAAACACUACAUGCAUAAAUUUUCCAUCAUAGAAUUAAUUCAUGAAUUUUAAAACUAUUUUGAUAGAUUCAAAAUAAAAUUUUCAUUCACUGUCUUAGGAUUAACAAGAAAUCACAUUUUUUUUCCACUUGGAGAUGUUUAAAGGGGAAGUUGACGCUAGCGUUUAGUUGAUUUUGUUAAAAGGAGGAAAACAAAGGAAACGUACUAGCUAGGAGUAGGAUGGUGCUGCUUGUGCAUAUCCCUGAAAGCAUAACCGAGAUGGGAAUAUUGAAAGUUUCAGUUUUGUGACGUCACAUAUAAGCAGCUCCUUUACAUGUCAUGUGAUAGGCCUACACAUACCACAAAAUGCAAUUAUAAAAUGUCUUACCCUAAAAUGGAUUUACUCUAGCAUCAGAUGCAUUAUUGAUCAUACACGGUGCAAUGAGAUAAAUAUUUCAAAUCACGAUACAAAAUUGAAAUAUUAACAAAAAUAGGUAUAAUAUACAUGUAAAUUGAUGUUUUAGUUCAUAUGACUUUAGGGAACCGAACUGCUGGCAUAGGACGUCACGAAGUAAAACGUCGUACCUCUACAAUUCUUAUGUAUUUAUUUGUUCAAACUUCACCAAUAUCACUUUUUUCUACAUUACAUUAAGCUUAUCACCAGGGUAAAUCUGCCCGUUAAGCCUUCAUUAAAAUGUCGUCAGAGGUGUGUGUCAGCGCCUUAAAAUAGCUUAUUAGUUGGGUGAUGUGUUACAUGAUCACCAGUGAAAGUGAAUUGUAUACCGUGUAUCAUAACGCUCGCAAACUGUCGAAUUAAUGAGUUGUACAACAUGCUUAUAUGAAUGUAUUUAAUAAUGCCCUAUUUAAUUGUAAUAUUUUACCAAAGAAUAUAUACUAUACUGUGUAUAUCUAUAUGUCUAAAUAAUGCAUCGUGAAUGUAAAUACUUGAACAAUAAUAAUAUAAUAUUAUUCAAUUAUGUUUCCGAGUGUAUUGAACAGUUGAAGUUUAAAAGUAUGUUUUGUGUUUUGUGACAAUAAAGACAUUCGGCAACCAUCAUUACCAGUGUGUAUCUAUUCCUCGAAUUGCUUUAGCGCCGAGUUGGUAGCUCGGCUACAUCCAUGGUAGUAAAUUAUGAUAGUAACUGUGCUAUAUAGA